AUGGGCUCGGGCCAUUUCGCCGAUGAAGGCUUCGGCAAAGCUAGUUACUUCCGUAACUUGGAGAUUGUCGUCAACAACAACACUUUUGAGCCGGUUCAAGAAGUAGAUGUAGUAGAAGUAGCGCCCGACUAUAAAUUCUACAACAUCAAGAAGAUGUUUAGAGAUGAUUGGGGUACGUACCUUUUUUAUGGAGGGCCAGAGUUCGAUCGUAUGCAUUCAGGAGUGGCGUUUCUUGUACUCAGUUCGGUUUCCUUUUAUUUGAGUGUCAUCUUCUUCUUUCUUAUCAUUUAG